AUGGAGACAUAUUCAUCAGUCUACCCGACGACACCACAGACGCAGACGUCGCAUAUGCGCAGUUCGCAGUACUCCAACCCCGCCAAAGCCGCGACGCGUGCGCUGCAGCAGCAAUCCGAAUCGCAGCAGAACCAUCUCUCCGCCCCGACGUCCCAGGAGUCAAUUGCCAGCUACCAGAGUGCGGCGAGCAGUACGCAACCGAGACUGCAGACGAGCAGCAGCAAUGCUUCGCAAUUGACCGGCUAUACCGAUGUUACCUCGCCUAUAACUUCGCUGCCUGAGCAGGGUGAUGGAGGGCGGUUUGGUGCGUCGAAGCCGCUGGAUCGACGCAUGCGGACGCCCGAGGAGAGCAAUAUGAAUGGCAUGACGGGGGAUAGCUACGCAGUGACCAGCCCGAUGAGCGUAGCAUCACCGCCGUCCGUCAACGGCACGAAGAGAACAGCGAGUGGACAUGUCAAGAACGCGCCGAGUCUGCCCAGCACACCACUCACAACCGGCCGACCACGAGGCGAGUCAACAUCGUCGACGAGCAGCAGGGCAGGCGAGCUGGCCAGAGACCUGAAGACGCGUCUCGGCUACGCCAUGGCCAAAGUACAGAACGGAUGGGAGCACAGGAACAUCCACGAGGUCGAGCAACUGGCCGCACACAAAGUCUACUCCACCCACCGCCACAGCAUGUCCCACUCCGACUCCAGCCGCCGCCCCAUAAGCGCCGGCCUAACCAACGGCACCGCCAACCUCUCCAUGAACGGCUACAUCCAAAACAGCGCCGACCACCCCUCCAAACGCCACUCAGGCCACUACACAACCCACCUGCCCUCCUCCAGCCAACCAACCCCCCGCCUCCAACCUGCUCCCGACAUUCGUCCCACCGCCCAGCACUCCCUCUCCCAACCCCUGCCCUACGCAAACCCCACCCACACCUCCGCAAUGUCCCCUCCCCGCACCCCCACAACAACAACCACCAGCCAAACCCGCCCUCGCCCCGCAACCCUACGCACAGAAACCCAAACCGCCGAGGCCGAGCGCGACGCCCUACAAGCCCUGUUCCAGCUCGGCUCGCCGCACGCCUCGCAGCAGGCCUUCUCUGGCGCUGUGCGGAGCCACUCGUACCAGAAUGGCAACGGUAGUGGGCAUGGAUACAGUCAGAGCCAGGCGAGUUCGAGUCAGGCGAGUCCGUUGCGGAGCGAGUUCGGGUUUGUGGCGGGGACGCCGGCGACGCCCAGACGGGUCACGUUUGCGAGGAGUGAGAGUGAUGUUUCUUCGUCUUCUGCGCAGAUGGAGGGAAAGGGGGAGGGGGAGCAGGUAGAGGUGCGGUGA